UGCCAACUGCAGUUUAACUCCAAAGAAGAAGAAUUUCUCAACGUUAGCCCACGUGGGUUGUUGUUUCGAAGGAAUCCGCGCUAGUUAAGCACCAAUAACAAGAACAUCAUGGGGAAAAAUAAACAGACGAAACCCGCAGAGGCAUUUAAACAAGGUGCUACGACAGGGCAAUAUCCAAGCAAGAAGCCUAAACGAGAUGGCAAGCCCAGACAGAAGGAUCAUCUUGAGCAGAUUCCCUUCCGCCUUCGAGAGAUUAUGAAAAGCAAGGAGAGGAUGAAGAUGGGGCCCAGCAAGGCCAAGAAGAUGAGGAAAGCUGACGCCAUCGCCCUUGCUCCCAAACCCAAGCCAGGUGAUGCUACAAUCGUAGAUAUCCCUGUUCCACACUUCCGUAGAAAGAAGAAGGAGAGUGAGAAGACGUACCUGCGGAGGAUGGGCAAUGAGGCGCAGCACGUCCUCUUCCUCACCAAGAACCAGAUAGAGAGACGGCCGGAGAGGGAGCUAGAGGAGCAGGAGAAACCUGCUGGCACCGGGAAAUGCAAGUCUGACAAGAAGAAAGAAUAUGAUAAAAGCCGGCUGGACAGGCUACAUAAAAAGAAACUGGACAGGCGAGAAGAGAAGGCAGAAAACGACAUGUUCAUAGAUGAAGUUGCCUUUGGAGAAGUUGCCAUGGCACCGCCGACUCUGAGUAUCAAGCCCAGGAAGGCACUGAUCAAGCCCCAGGGUGUAUGUAAGGGUCUCCUGCUGAACUCUCUGCUGGGCCAGACCCAGUUCUCCACAGCCAAGCCAUCCAUGGCCAGGCAGAGGAUGAUGGAGGAGGAGAGGCAGCGGGUGGUGCAAGCCUACCGCCACCUGAAGAAACAGAAGCAGCAUCAGCAAGAGGCCAAAGCAACUGGGAUAGAGAAGCUGAAGAACCUCCAGUGAGACUCCAGUGGUCCCAUUCUCUGCCUUGCUCCCUCCCCCAAGGGAGUUUUUGUGGACACUGGGAUGGAUUCUGACUGGUAUUGAAAGGACCAGACCACCUCUGCACAUAUGGACUGUUUCUCCUUGAAUAAGUAGCUUUCCUUCCUACCUACCUGCAGGCCUUGCCAUUUCUGUCAGGUACUUCUGACUGGCAAUGCCACUGUUUUCUGUAUUAACUAUCUUCUCUUGUGGCAAUGCAUGACUGCUUUGACAUGGACUAAAUUAUGACUCUUUGGGGACUUUAAAACCUCAAACUUUUCCAUGCAGUUUGGAUGGAAUGAACUACAUACAGUGCCUUCAGAAAGUAUUCAGACCCCUUGACUUUUUCCAUAUUUUCUUACGUUAGAGUUUUUCUAAAAUUGAUUAAAUUGUUUUUUCUCUCAUCAAUCUAUGCAUAAUACCCCAUAAUGACAAAGCAAAAA